GACUGUAGACAGUAACCUGUAGACAGUAUUCUAGAGUUGAUACUCGCGGAAAGGGAACUCAACUGAGCUUUACGUGCUUGUCUCUUUGUAUUGGCGUGUUUCAGUGUUAGUGUGUCUGUGUAUUGGUGUGUUGAUCUCAACUCUCACUUUCGUUGGAAUCAGUUAUGCGCGCGCACCCUCCAUGAAAAGGUCUAUCUGCCGCGUGAGAACCGAAGUUUAGUUGGCGCAUGUGGAAAUAGUGUUGUAUAGUAGUGGAAAUAAUCCACUAAAAAUUGAAAUAAUUAUGUAAUAGAAGAAGUGAAGCUAAAUAGAAGAAUAAUGAAGUGAUAGAAGAAAAUAAUAGUGAUAAAUUAAUUAAUUAUGUUUAUAUAAAAUAAUUAUAUAAUAUUAAAAUAAUUAAUAGUGUUUUGUGUUUGUGAAAUCGUUGUUUUUAAGAAGUGAUGUUUGUGUUCAGGGAAGAUGUUGACAAAAAUUGAUUCAGGUUGUGAUGAGUGUAAUAUUUUGUUGAAUGGUGGAAUAAUGUAAAGUGAAGUGUAGAGACUAUAUUGUAAAGUUUAGUGUAGACUAUUGACUAGAUGAGGAUAUUCAACAUGACAAUAACAUUUUCAAACAAUAAUAUUAACAGUGAAGUGUGGUUACUGGGAAUGAAUAUUUUCAUAAAUAAAUGAAUGAAUUGUUCAUUUAAAUCGACGUCAGUGAAGUGACUCAAACUUUUUGUCGACUCCUGGAGAAAGUUGUUGGGUACUUUGUUCCAACAUGGGAGUGGGUGUGAUAAUAACUGUUGCCCACAGAACCUCGGUGAUACUGGGUGUAGCUUCAUUGGCAGCUUUCGUCUUGUAUCUCACUCCAAUGCCUGAACUGUACCAUGCGAAUUGUGAAAGACCCUGCCAUGAGUUGGACUGGCCGAUGAUUUGUCGGGUCAAGUUAUCACUGGAAUCUCAUCAACUACUGGGAAGUUGGUGCGCCGAUUGCCAUCAGAAUGUAUCAGACUGUGAUGUGAAAGACUGCCUGACUGCUGAUGGCAUUCCAAGGUAUACCCUAUCUGCAAACAGACAGUUACCAGGUCCUGCCAUUCAAGUAUGUGAGAACGACAUCCUAGUGGUGGAUGUGACCAAUAGGAUACCAGGCCAAGGAGUGGCCAUCCACUGGCGAGGCCAGCCACAGAAGGAGACCCCCUACAUGGAUGGUGUUGCCAUGGUAACGCAAUGCCCCAUCCCCGCGCACACCACUUUCCAGUACAAAUUCCGUGCCUCGCAAGCGGGCACUCAUCUGUGGCAGAUACAUACUGGUAACGGCCAGAUUGACGCACUAUUCGGUCCACUAAUCGUACGACAAGCGGACAGGAGGGAGGUCCAGAGACAGCUUUAUGACGUCGAUGACCCCAACCACAUCGUGGUCAUAAGUGAGUGGCCUAUGCCCCCCACCCCUGAUAAGAGAGAGGCAACCAACACCAACUCUGCUACACUUCUCAUCAAUGGCCGGGCUCAGACUAAGAUGGAAUCGGACAGUGAUGAUGCAGACUACAAGCACGCGUCGACUAGAUUCAAUGUGACGGGCGGCAGACGGCACCGUAUGCGAGUGAUAUAUGCAGGCAGCCAGGUGGGGUGUCCCGUCUCCAUUCAGGUUGAGAGACAUCGGCUGCAGGUGAUCGCAAUGGACGGUCAUCCCAUCGAGCCACAGAUGGUUCAGUCGCUUAUCAUUGCUCCAGGAGAGCGAAUAGAUUUUGUUCUAACAGCUGAUCAGACUGAAUCCUUGUUAUGGCUGAAAGCUGAGACCAGACCAUCGUGUCACAGACAGUCCUCUUCCUAUGCGCUGAUAGACUACAUGUUCCGACCACCCAAGGAGCCUUCCCGGUCAUCUCAACUCAAUGAAGAGGCGGCUGUUCCUCAAACCAAGGUGCUGAGUACUGUGACAGAAAACGAGUGUUCAAAGUCUGAUCACAUCUGUUUGCCAAACAUAAAAUCUGUGAAUAAAUUGCCAAGGGAUUUGGCCGCAGAGAAGAUGGAUCUCACGCUGUAUUUACCAUUUGAUUUUGUGAGUGUUCCGAGCAACACUGACUUUCCAGAUCCUCUCCUGAAACCGAGAAUAAACAACAUUACAUUCAUGUUUCCUUCAUCACCACUGCUGAGCCAAUCAGCUGAUCUACAGGAGUCGAAUUCACUGUGCAGUGACAACAAGCGACCCAAGUAUUGCAUGGAUGAAGCCGGUGCAUGUCAGUGUGUGCAUGUCAUUGACAUACCAUUACACUCUAGUGAACUGCUAUGGAUCGAUAAAGGAGGUGAUGACCUAACAGACGAACAUGUGUUCCACAUGCAUGGAGGUAGUUUCUACGUGGUGGGAUCCAAACAAGGAUUGGCAGACAACAGCAUGGAGACCAUCAGGAAAUUGAAUGCUGAGGGAGGACUUCUAGAAAAGAACCUCAAAGAUCCUGUUAUCAAGGAUACAGUACCUGUGCCACCUGGUGGAAUUGCAGUAUUGAGGUUUAGGGCUGAUAAUCCAGGUUACUGGCUACUGCAUGAUCAGAAAGCAGCCCACUGGUCCCAAGGCCUGGAUGUUAUCCUCCAUGUUGGGAACAGCAAUGAUCUACCCUCUGUACCAGAGAAUUUCCCUAGAUGUGGAAAUUGGGUUGGGCCAGAGUAUUUUCUGAUCUGAAAAUAUCCUAUGAAUUUUAGACUGACGAUGCUCAAUUUUCAAAUUGUUUGUACAAUCAAGAAAUUUUUCUAAAGUAGGCUACCGUACCUAGCUAUUAACUUUUCACCAAGUAUUCACUUCUCAUCCCUAAUGAAUGCUUCUAUUAUAAAUAUUGUUGUCGGUUUCAACUAAAUUUCUAAAAUAAUGUUGUUUCAUAUUUGAUUUGUUCACUUCUUAUCUUUAAUGCAUCAGUAUAUUUAGUCUGUUGAUUAUUCAAUCUACGAUAUCAGACAGUGUAAAAUUUUACGCAAUUAAAUUCAUCCCUAAUGAAUGCAUCAAUACCGUAUUGUAGUAUGUUAAUUAUCAUCUUUUUCAAUCUAUGAUAUCAGACAGUGUGAAAUUUUACGCAUCAGUUUU